AUGACAGACACCAUUGUUGUAGUUAUUGGAGCUGGCGUCUCGGGUCUCACAUCGGCUCUCCUGCUUUCAAAGAGGAAGGGCUACAAGAUUACGGUUGUGGCGAAACAUAUGCCUGGUGACUACCACGGCGAGUAUGCAUCGCCAUUCGCAGGGGCCAACAUCGUUCCACUGGCCAACGAUGCCGGCAAAAGGUGGGAGUCUGAAACAUGGCAUGAGCUGAAGCGGCUUGCUGAGGACGUGCCAGAGGCUGGGAUUCAUUUCCAGAGCUUCCCGGUGCAUGCAUUCAGCAACAUCCCUUGGUAUAGGGACCUAUUUAAAGACUAUCGCGACCUCCCACAGUCGGAGGUGCUGGACGGAUACGACUCUGCAUCUGAGUAUACUGGCGUUUGUAUCAACACGGCAGUGUACCUGCCGUGGCUUGUGGGGCAGCUGCUGAAGAAUGGCGUCGUGAUCAAGCGCAGCAUUAUUAAAGACAUCAAGGAAGCCAGGGCGCUGAGCCACACAGGGCAGCCCGCCUCGGUCAUUGUCAACGCGACAGGCUUGGGCUCGCUCAAGCUGGGUGGCGUUCGCGACUCAGCACUGUACCCCAUCCGUGGACAGACCGCCCUCGUACGCAACGAGUCCACUCCGAUGGUUCUUUGCUCGGGGUCUGCCGAUGGGCCUGGCGAGGAGCUGUACAUUAUGCAGCGUGCCGGGGGCGGAGGCACCGUGCUCGGCGGCACUUAUGACGUCGGCAACUGGGAUACGGAGGCGGACCCCAACGUGGCGUCUCGGAUCAUGUCUCGCGUCGUCAAGGUCCGACCCGAGAUUGCAAGCGGGAACGGCAUUGCUGGACUCAGUGUUAUCCGGCAUGCCGUCGGACUGCGGCCAGCCCGCAAAGGCGGAGUCCGUCUGGAGAAGGAGACGCUGGACGGCUCGACCACCAUUGUGCACAACUACGGCCACGGUGGAUAUGGCUAUCAAUCCUCGUACGGAUAUGCUGCUGGGGUGGUUGAACUGGUGAGCGAGGUCCGCAAGCAGCAGAAGGGUGCUGUGCCAAAGUUGUGA